CGACUCCUCGCGCAGCACCACCGCCAAUAUGGCCCUGCUCGUGCUGCUAUGGCCGUGUACGGCGAUCAUCGGCUGCUCGUCGCCUGGCUGCGCGCUGCUCGCGAGCGCUGUAGGAACGCUACGCUCUGCGGCAGGAACGCCUUGCUCUGCGGCAGGAACGCCUCGCUCUGUGAUCACCCUUUCCGCAGAGCCGCCUUCGCUGCGUCCCUUUCUCGACAGGCUGCUCGCGUGCAGCAGUGAGGAGGAUAGGAAGGCGAGCAUGGUCACAGAGGUGAACCAGUGGUGGACGAGCGGCCCCGACGUCGCCCAGGCCAAUGCCGAUGAGCUGACUCGGCUCAUGUCAGCACGCGGGACACGCAUCCAGACCAGUGCGAUCGCGGCCUACGAGCGGGGCGAGGACACUUCUGAGGCAUCUUCCGUGCUUCAGACGCUGGUCGAUAUGACGUUCCAUGUCAAAAUUAUUGUGCGUGACCUGAAGAAGGCCGCUGCGGCGGGCGACAUCUAGCGAGGUGAAGCGAUCGUGGCCAGUAUGUGCGCUGCUCCAUUGUCGAGUUUGCGCGAACGGCUUCGGUACGUUACGCGUCUACUUUUCUACGUCCUUAGUGUAGCUUUGUAGCCACGUACAGCACGCAGCUCAGGCAUGCGGCGAGUGCGCGACACCCGCGACAGGGUCCGCAACCGCUGUAACACGCGGCGGGGGGCGGUCGCGGAGACCGCGAAACUCGUAAGGACACCGCCGCCCGCUGGGCCUGGCCCUGGGGCACCGCACUCAGUCUCGCAGACUGUGUCUACUGUCUGUCUCUCGAGCUUGUCUCUCUGUCACUGUCUCUCUCCGCUGACCCCUCUAGCUCACUAGCUCUCUUCGUUCCACAAAAGAUUGAUGAUU